AUGCCCUCUGAUCUGGCCAAGAAGAAGGCAGCCAAGAAGAAGGAAGCUGCCAAAGCUCGACAGCGGCCCAAAAAGGGACACGAAGAAAACGGAGAUGCUGCCACAGAGCCCCAGGUGGCCGAGGAGAAGAACGAGGAGGCCAAUGGCAGGGAGAGCACAGAAGUAGAUCUGCUGACCAAGGAGCUGGAGGACUUUGAGAUGAAGAAAGCUGCUGCUCGCGCCGUCACUGGCGUCCUGGCCUCUCACCCCAACAGUACGGAUGUCCACAUCAUCAACCUCUCACUCACGUUCCACGGUCAAGAGCUGCUCAGUGACACCAAACUGGAAUUAAACUCGGGCCGCCGUUACGGCCUCAUUGGCUUAAAUGGAAUUGGAAAGUCCAUGCUGCUCUCCGCCAUCGGGAAGCGGGAGGUGCCCAUCCCCGAGCACAUCGAUAUCUACCACCUGACGCGCGAGAUGCCCCCUAGCGACAAGACCCCCUUGCAGUGUGUGAUGGAAGUGGACACAGAGCGGGCCAUGCUGGAGAGGGAGGCCGAGCGCCUGGCUCACGAGGACGCGGAGUGUGAGAAGCUCAUGGAGCUCUACGAGCGCCUGGAGGAGCUGGAUGCUGACAAGGCAGAGAUGAGAGCCUCACGGAUCUUGCACGGACUGGGUUUCACCCCUGCCAUGCAGCGCAAGAAGCUGAAAGACUUCAGCGGCGGCUGGAGGAUGAGGGUCGCCCUUGCCAGAGCCCUCUUCAUUCGGCCCUUCAUGCUGCUGCUGGACGAGCCCACCAACCACCUGGACCUGGACGCUUGCGUGUGGUUGGAAGAGGAGCUGAAGACUUUUAAGCGCAUCCUGGUCCUUGUGUCCCAUUCCCAAGAUUUCCUGAAUGGAGUCUGCACCAAUAUCAUCCACAUGCACAACAAGAAACUGAAGUAUUACACGGGUAACUACGACCAGUACGUGAAGACCCGGCUGGAGCUGGAGGAGAACCAGAUGAAGAGGUUUCACUGGGAGCAGGAUCAGAUCGCACACAUGAAGAAUUACAUCGCCAGGUUCGGUCACGGCAGCGCCAAGCUGGCCCGGCAGGCCCAGAGCAAGGAGAAGACACUACAGAAGAUGAUGGCCUCAGGACUGACGGAGAGGGUCGUGAGCGACAAGACGCUGUCAUUUUAUUUCCCCCCAUGUGGCAAGAUCCCUCCACCGGUCAUCAUGGUGCAGAACGUGAGCUUUAAGUACACAAAAGACGGGCCUUGCAUCUACAAUAACCUAGAAUUCGGUAUUGACCUCGACACAAGAGUGGCCCUCGUGGGGCCCAACGGAGCGGGGAAAUCCACUCUGCUGAAGCUGCUGACAGGAGAGCUGCUGCCCACAGACGGGAUGAUCCGGAAGCACUCCCACGUCAAGAUCGGCCGUUACCAUCAGCAUUUGCAGGAGCAGCUGGACCUGGACCUCUCGCCCUUGGAGUACAUGAUGAAGUGCUACCCCGAGAUCAAGGAGAAGGAGGAGAUGAGGAAGAUCAUCGGGCGGUACGGCCUCACCGGCAAGCAGCAGGUGAGCCCAAUCCGGAACCUGUCAGACGGGCAGAAGUGUCGAGUGUGUCUGGCCUGGCUGGCCUGGCAGAACCCUCACAUGCUCUUCCUGGACGAGCCCACCAACCACCUGGACAUCGAGACCAUCGACGCGCUGGCCGAUGCCAUCAAUGAGUUUGAGGGUGGCAUGAUGCUGGUCAGCCACGACUUCAGACUCAUCCAGCAGGUGGCACAGGAAAUCUGGGUCUGUGAGAAGCAGACAAUCACCAAGUGGCCCGGAGACAUCUUGGCCUACAAGGAGCACCUCAAGUCCAAGCUGGUAGACGAGGAACCCCAGCUCACAAAGAGGACCCACAACGUGUGAGCCCCUGGCCGGGCUUGGGUCAGGAGCACCACCUUCGGACUGCCAGCUGCCACCUGACCAGCCGCUCAGGACCGGGCCCCGGGGCUGCGUCCCACAUUGCUGCACUACUGCCCCAGCCCCUCCCCGCCUCAGCCUGCCUCGCUGCACUCUUACCCGCCGCCGCCGGGCAGUACCUGUCUGCCUCCGCCUCUUUCCGGUUCCUUCCAUCUGCCCGCCGGGCUCGGCUGGCUGCCCCCCUCCAGCCCUCGCUGGUCUCCUGGCCCCGGGAGAGACGCAGGGAGAGGCACCCGCAGGCCCGAGGGCCCCCAGCCUGGGUGCGGCCAGGCAGGGCGUGGGAGAGCCUCGCGUUCUGGGUUUGGUGAUGUUGGAGGAAGCCCCCAGCCCACCGCCCCAUUCCUCUCUGCUUCUGGUUUGGAGCUGUAGGCCAGGCCCAAGGCCUGGUCAGUUUUUAAAUAAUAAUUUAACAGUGUAACUCUGAGACCUUCGUGACAUCUAUAAAGAGUCCAAUAAAGAAAGAGCAAGCCAUGCUCCGUCCCGUC